AUGGAUGAAUCCAUGCCUGCUCCAGCACCAGUGCACUCCGGGGAGAAGAGAGGCUGUCCAGAGGAUGAGGAAGACAAAGCGACUGUGUCCAAGAGAGCCAAAGUUAAGGAUGAACUCGAGAAUGGACCUCCUCAGGCAGCAACAAGCGAUGGUGAGGACGAAGAAGAAGAAGAGGAGGAGGAGCAGGAUGCCAGCGGCGAGACGUUUGCCGACAUGAUGAAACACGGCCUCACUGAGCUGGAUGUGGGUAUCUGCAAGUAUGUCAGCGACCACGAGGGCUUCUCAGGAAUCCUGAAGGAAAGGUACUCGGAUUUUGUGGUCCAUGAAAUCAGCAAAGAAGGAAAGAUAGUGCACUUAGAUGACCUCUCAAUUCCCAAAGAUGUUCCGGAAGAAGCAACAGCAGUAGAGGAAAAUACAACAACUGAAUGCACCGUACUGACUGAGGAACAGAAGAAGCAGCUCGGAGAGCUGCAGCUGUUCAAGAACAAAGAGAGCUUCGUCUCCAUUGAGGGGGGCGAGUCAAAGGAUAAGCGGACACUGGUACACAAAGCCAUUAAAACUGAAUUCCCUGGCCUGGAGACUAAGACAGAGGAGAAAGACGGACGAAAGUUCAUAGUGGCGUACCAUGCUGCUGGAAAGAAGGCCCUGGCUGCACCGAGGAAACACUUCUGGCCCAAGAACCGCGGCAGCUUCUGCCACUUUGUCCUGUACAAGGAGAACAAGGACACGAUGGACGCCAUCAAUGUGCUGUCAAAGUUCCUCAGGCUCAGACCCAACAUGUUCUCCUACAUGGGCACUAAGGACAAGAGGGCCAUCACUGUGCAGGAGAUCGCUGUGCUCAAGAUCACAGCAGAGAGGUUGGCCCACCUUAACAAGUGCCUGAUGAACCUCAAGCUGGGCAAUUUCUCCUACAAAAAUCACCCUCUCAAGCUUGGGGAGCUGCAGGGGAACCACUUCACUGUGGUCAUUAGGAACAUCUCAGGAACCGACGCCCAGGUCCAUCAGGCUAUGAGAUCCCUCAAGCAGACGGGCUUUAUCAACUACUACGGCAUGCAGCGUUUCGGCACCACGGCAGUGCCCACGCAGCAAGUCGGCAGGGCCAUCUUGAAGAAUGACUGGAAGCAAGUGGUGGAUUUGAUUCUCAAGCCUCGUCCCGGAGCUGAGAAAGAAUUCCUGGUGCGCUGCAGGGAGGAGUGGGCCAAGACUCAAGACCCCGAGGCAGCCCUGAAGAAGCUGCCCAACAAGCGCUGUGUGGAGGGCCAACUGCUGCGGGGCCUUUCCCAGCACGGCAAAAAUAAUAUUGUUACUGCCUUUGGACUGAUCCCCCGAAACAACCGCCUGAUGUACAUCCACAGCUACCAAAGUGUAGUGUGGAACACCAUGGUGAGCCGCCGGAUCGACGCCUUCGGGCUCACAGCCGUGGAGGGUGACCUAGUGCUCCGAGGAACCAAAGCACACAUCCUGUCAGAAGAGGAGGCGACGAGCCACUCCAUCCAUGACAUCGUGAUGCCGCUUCCUGGCUUUGACGUAAUCUACCCUUCUCACCACGUGGGUAAAGGUUACAGAGAGAUGCUGAGCGCAGACGGGCUGGACAUUGACAACAUGCGACACAAAGUGAAGGACUACUCGCUGGCAGGAGCUUACCGACGGGUCCUCAUCAGGCCCAGCGAUGUCAGUUGGGAGGUGAUCGAGUACGACGAUCCCAAGAUAUCUCUGGUCCACACUGACUUUGAAAAAAUUGAGAACAAACCAGCGCCAGUUUUCAACAAAGAGGGGAAGUACCGUGCUCUCCGGCUGGAGUUCUCGCUGCCGCCCUCGACGUACGCCACCAUGGCCAUACGGGAAGUGCUCAAGUUGGACACCAGCAUCAAGAAACAGACGCAGCUCAACACCACCUGGUUCAACUGACGCUGGGGCGCCCGCCACAAUAUUAGGUACACCUGCACAAACAAAUUGUUCGGUGACUUUGGCAAAAACUAUAGCGGCGCCUUCCUGUCGUGCACAACUAAAGGGUGCGAGUGUGACUGGCUUUUUUGUUGUUGAUUUUUAACCACCAAAACCACUGACAGUGUUUUAUUUUGGAGGUUUUAACUUUGAGAAGUUUUUUUUUUUUUUUAUCUGCUUGUGCAGAAAUUUGAGACUGCUUUCUUUUUUAAAAUAACAUUCGACUGAAUGUACACACGACUCUGGCGGAGAGGAUGAAUAAAAAAUAAUUGAGAAGCUGA